AUGGACCCGACCAACACAUCAGUCAUCUCUCCACCGCCGGGGACCAGCUCGAACUUCGUAGAUCCGCCCGACCAACUGGCCGCCGUCUAUGUCACGUCGGCGCUCGUGUUGGUCCUGGCCACCGUAGGCCUGUCCGCCCGGCUGUUCGUCAAGCUCUUCAUCAUCCCUGGCAACCGGGUCGAGGACUGGCUCAGCUACCUCGCCUACGCCUCCUUCGUCGCCUAUGUGGCUGUCAUCAUCCACCUGUCCCGGAUGGGCCUCACCCGGCACAUGUACGACAUCACGUUGGCCCAGAUCCCCAGCAUCCUGUACUGGACCAACAUCGUGUACUGCAUCUACUCGGUCCCGACGGCCGCCGCCAAGCUCUCGGUGCUGUUCCAGCUCAAGUCCAUCUUCACCACCGGGGCCAGGAACUCCAUCUACUGGGUCAUAGUGGUAUCCAUCGUGAUCAACAUCAUCUUCUACCUCGGGCUCUUCUUCUCCUACGUCUUCCAGUGCUGGCCGCGGGAAAAGAUAUGGCUCGGCGACACAGUGGAAGGUAAGUGUACGGAUGCGAUCCAGGUGAACCUCAGCUCGGGGGUGCUCAACAUCAUCUCCGAUGUCGAGGCCCUGCUCAUCCCGGCUUGGGCCAUCUGGCACCUCUCGAUGCCCAUUAAGCGUAAGCUGGCAGCCUUUGCAGUCUUUGGCGUCAGUCUAAUUGCGAUUGGGACAGGCAUUGGAGGCAUGUACAUCCGUGUCGUGCUCCUCACCAACAUUGACCAGACCUGGUGGCUGACCAAGCUCGCAAUGAUUGUCACGACCGAGAUCUCAAUCGUCAUGUUCGUCGGCUGCAUGCCCUUCAUCUCCCGGCUGUACCACCACUUCCGCGGCCCCUCCCUUCAUGCCACCACCGCCGCCGCAUCUAGCUCCAAGGGCGGCGUCCUCACCUUUGGUGCCUCGGGCGGCAAGACUGGCGACGGCAAGCUGUCGCGCACCGUGGCCAAGUACAUGGGCUCGCGCGGCGCGGGCAUGACCACGCUGGGCUCCCGAGGGGGCGGUAACAGCGAGGACGAGCUCGAGCUGCGCGGGCACGUCGCGAUGGAGGACGUUGAGCGCGGUGAUAGAGCGCCGAGUAGUCAUAAUAUCUACAAGACGAGCCGGGGGCAGACUUACACCACGCGAACGGAGGAUUGGAGGGGGCGUUGA